GUUUGGAAGUCCAAGCCACACCGAAAGAAAUAUUUCGUUUAGCCGAAGAGGAAGGAUUGAUUCCUAGUUCAGAAAUUUGGUUUAAAUUUACUAAACAAAGAAACCGUACUAGCCAUGCUUAUGACAGCGAAACAGCUCAGGAAAUUUUGGCCAAUUUACCUGAAUUCCUUCAUUACUUGGAUUUGCUAAUUACUAAAUUAAAACAAUUACCCGAAUGCUCCAAUUAA